GUUUUCAAUUUUCAUGACUUAAAAGCGUGACGCUUACUUGUCCAUCUUACUAGCGAGUCUAGCAUGGUCGUCCUCAUCGAAUGAAAUCCGAAAGAUGGGGAAGAGUGAAACCGCCGAAAACCGCGAUGUUAUUCAAAUUUCCUCUUCUUCAUCGUCGGCGUUGUCGUCUUCUUCCGGAGAGGAGUUUCUCGAAGAAUCAGAUUCGCAAUCAGAUGAUUCCUCCGACUGCAGCGUAGAGGAGAUUAGCUCUGGCUCUUGCAGCGAUGACGCCGAAAACGACGACGACGAUGCUGAUGGUGGUGGAGAAAUUGAAGGAGAUGAUGAGGAAUGUUUGUCCAACCGAGUUUCGAACCUUCUGCGUGAAAGAAGUGAUAUUGGAGGAUUAACUCUAGUGGAAUGUAAAGCAUAUCUUCGGAGGCAUGGAUUGAGGUUAUCGGGGACUAGGGUGGAGUGUUUACAAAGGAUCAAGGAGCAUUGGAGAAUCAGAGAUGGAAGAGGAGUAAUACUAUAUCCUAGAUCCUCAUUCAACAUUGACUGCACUGGUAUACCUUCUUUUCAAAGAAGAGCAGUAGCUGUAACCUUGUAUCUCUACAGGCCAUUGAGGAGUGUAUUACUUGUUUACAUAUGCAGAUUUGAUAAAGUAACCAGGAGUGGGAGAGUCUUGGGGAGGAGAACUGUUGCUGGGAGGAUUAUUAAGGAAAGUUAUGGAGCCGCUAAGCAGCAACAUACUUUCACAGUUGAAGUUUUAUGGAGUAAGGGUAUCAAGGAGUUACCUCCACUGGUUCCUUUACUUGUAAAAGGCCGUAACCUCUAUAGAAUGAAAACUUUCAGACAGAGCUGGAAGAAUGAGAAAGAAAGACGAGAAGUUCUUGCUGAGAAGCAUCAACGUGGAGCAGCGGCUAGACAGAUAAGAGAAAUGCGGAAGACAACAGGUGUAAAGAGGAAAAGAGAGAAAUCCUCCUCUAAAGAAGGUAUCAGAAAAUUGGAACAUACUUAAUACUUUAUCUUUUGCUAAGGAACAUCAGAGCGGGAAUGCCUUUCAUUUCAGCACUGUAGUGUCUACCACGUAUCAUCUCUUUAAUCAUGUAGUUACAACUUACACAUCUUAUUUGGAAAAUCAGUUUUCAAAUAUCAGAAGCAUUCUCGACGUUCACAUGUAUCUGAAACAAGUAGGAGAGCAACAUCGAAGCUAGGGAAUCAUCAUGAUGGUCGUGUGAAGGCCCCAAUUGGUAAACAGAGAUCAUUCAGACAGUCAAAUGUCGGAGGAAAUAGAAAGUUUCUUGCCCCGCUAUCCCGGAGUAAGCAUCAGAAUCAUGAUCAUCGGUCUAAUACUGUAGAGUCUUCUGUUCAAUCGUAUGAUUACCCCCGAAACUUCCACCUCUUUCGCUUAGAGCGAUAUCAUCAGGAACCGCCAUCUUUUGUUCCUUAAGGGUGCUUUUCUGCAUGUGAGGAGAAUUAUAGGCCAUUUGCGUCUCAUUCUCAAGAGCGUGCUAACUGGGAUGCACGCCCCAACUAUGGAUCCCAGACUGAUGUAUCUCGAGAAAGAGAAGUUAAUCGUUUUACUGGAUCAAGUGGAACAUUUCAGCAAUGCGCAUGCACAAACAGACGUAGAAGAUAAGACAUGGCGGCUGCCUUUAGUUUUGUAUAGCGGUAUAGGCAUGAUCACCGCUAAAGAAGCAAGUAUAUGAAGAAUUACUGAAUUUGACCAUAUAUGGUGCUCCUUAUAGAACCGUACAUACCUUUCUGACUUGUCGUUCAUAUCUUAAGAUGUUAUCUCUCUAUCUCAAAAUAAGAUUAGUGUUUGAUAAAUAAAAAUAAUUGCUCAUCUAGCAAAAUUCUUAUUUCGGGCGGAAGGACUAAUUCGAAG